AUGGCUCCCAAGGCCUCUACGUCCUCAAGGGCGUGGGAUGGCCUCACGCCAUCAUUGUCGCAAUGGACCCUCGAUGCCGUGGCGUCGAUGGGCUUUACACGCAUGACGCCCGUCCAGGCUUCGGCUAUCCCUCUCUUUAUGGCGCACAAGGAUGUGGUCGUGGAAGCAGUUACUGGGAGUGGUAAAACACUCUCAUUUCUAAUUCCAGUUGUGGAAAAGCUUUUGCGCCUUGAAGAUCCGAUCAAGAAGCAUCAUAUUGGAGCCAUCAUUAUUUCUCCAACAAGGGAAUUAGCAUCACAGAUCUAUCAAGUGCUUUUGUCUUUGCUCGAGUUCCACCCUGCAUCGGCUGCAGCGAUUCAUCCUCCCGAGGGCGAUGCGCCUCGUCCGAAGUCUUCCUCCUCGGUUCUCAAAGUCGUCCCACAACUACUCCUGGGUGGUUCUACUUCUCCCGCGGAGGAUUUGAGCACAUUCCUCAAGAAAUCUCCAAACGUGCUAGUUUCCACGCCUGGAAGAUUGUUAGAAUUGCUUUCCUCGCCACAUGUUCACUGUUCACAAUCAUCUUUUGAGAUGCUAGUAUUGGAUGAAGCCGAUCGCUUGUUGGAUCUCGGGUUCAAGGACGACCUGCAGAGAAUUCUGUGUCAUCUUCCUAAGCAGCGGAGGACGGGUCUUUUCAGCGCCAGUAUCAGUGAAGCCGUUGAUCAGAUCGUCCGUGUGGGUCUUCGCAAUCCUGUCAAGGUCGCCGUCAAGGUCAAGGGCGGUGCUGGUGCCGAAGACAAGCGUACUCCUGCCAGUCUCCAAAUGACCUAUUUGACCACUCCUUCGGCACAUAAAUACUCCAUUUUGAAACAAAUCGUGACAACUGUCCAACCUACACCACAAAAAUCGAUCUUCUUUGUCUCAACAUGCUCCAGUGUGGACUAUCUCGCCAUCAUAUUACCAAUCAUCCUAGGAAAUGAAUUCCUACUCGUUCCUCUUCACGGAAAACAUGCUGCGAAUGUCCGCCAGAAAAACUUCACCCGCUUCACUACCUCCACCACCCCCUCCAUUCUCCUAACUACAGAUGUCGCUUCUCGGGGACUGGACAUUCCAUCUGUCGACCUAGUUGUACAGAUCGAUCCUCCCUCUGACCCCAAAACAUUCAUUCACAGAUGCGGCCGUGCCGGGCGUGCUGGGCGUCGGGGUCUCAGUAUUGUCCUUCUCCACCCCGGUCGUGAAGAGGACUACGUCUCGUUCCUGGAGGUGCGCAAGACGCCUGUUGUAUCUUACAGUCUCCCAGAAUCACCAAGCGAUAGCGAUGCUGCUGCCGCAACCCAACUAGUACGGAACACGAUCUUGAAAGACCGAGCUCUUCAUGAUAAGGGCCAGAAGGCAUUUGUCAGCUGGCUGCGCAGCUACAGCAAGCACCAAGCAGCUAGCAUUUUCCGUGUGGCCGAUCUAGACUGGGAGGCACUCGGUAGAGCCUGGGGUCUUCUCAAACUGCCCAAGAUGCCCGAGCUCCGUAACUUCACCGGAGAUAAAACUCUGGGAGUCAGUAUGGAAUGGGACAAUUAUGCAUACAAGGAUAAACAGCGCGAGAAACGGCGCAAAGAAGUUAUGGAAGAGGCUGCGCAGGGAGAUGGCAACCAGAAGCAGGAUUCGCGGAAACGACAUGCAGUCGAGAAUGCUUCUUGGAGCCACAACUUGGAGAGUCGAGAGAAGAAGCUCCAGCGCAAAGAACUCAAGAAAGCACGGAAGGACCAGGAGAGGUGGGAGCAGCUGCCGGAAGAAGAGAAGCAAAAAGCUCUCGAGACGGAGCGGAUGGUCAAGGAAAUCCGUCAGAAGAAUGAGCAGCAGCUCCUAUCAGAGCGUUCAGGCAAUGCGAACCCCCUAAUGGUGCAGGUAGUGGCAACGAAUUCGAGGGGUUCGACUAGAACCGUGAUGCCAUUUUUCAUCAUCUCUGCUUCUUAA